AUGUACAACUUCUCUGUCCAAAAGAUAUCUGCCCGGUUCUCACAGCUCUAUCGAGAACGGCCAACAAGAACAAAGAUCCUCUAUGGCGUUUUGGCUUUCUUCAUUUGCCUUGGACUCUACAAGUCGAUCCCGGACGGCGCGGGGUCAGCCCUUUUUGGAUUCUCUGGGGCGGAUGCGUACAUUCCCGCUAGUGUUUGGCGCUAUCGCGCAGAACGCGUCAAACAGGCCGUUCAACAUGCGUAUCGUGGCUAUGAACUGUAUGCGAUGCCGAAGGAUGAACUACGGCCUUUGACAAAUGAGGGAAUGAACUAUUACAACGGAUGGGCUGUCACGGCCUUUGACUCUCUCGACACACUAUGGUUACUUGGCCUGAAAGAAGAGUACGACCGGGCUCUUGAAGUAGUCCAGAAGGUGGACUUCCAAGUCCCAAUCAAUCCGAGAGGGCUGGUCCCAUUUUUCGAAACUAUUAUUCGAUAUAUGGGCGGACUACUAUCGGCAUAUGCGCUGUCCAAAGAUCCCAUACUCUUGAAACGAGCAGAGGACUUGGCAGAUGCGUUGGAUCCCAUCUUUUCCACUCCGAGCGGUCUGCCCGCCUUUGCAGUUAAUCCACUCAGCAACUGGACUGAUGGAAAUUCGACCGGCGUUUUGGCCGAAAUAGCAAGCUGGCAGUUGGAGUAUACCUACCUUGCUCAUGCAUCUGGGAAAAAGAAGUAUCUAGACCAUGUUCAAAAUCUAAACAAUAUCCUCUAUCAAGCCAACCUCAACGCAUCCAACGGUAUGCUCCCUGUGGGCUGGGAUUUGAAAACAGGGGCACCAGAAACUCGAGAAGUGAAGGUGUCGGUUGGAGCACAGGCGGACAGUGCCCACGAAUAUCUGUUGAAGCAGUACCUUCUCACAGCCCAAACCGACAAGAUUAACCUGGAACUCUACUUGCACACUACUAGCCAUAUCUUGACCAACCUCCUUUAUCUAUCACCUAAGCGCCAGCUGCUAUACGUGACGGACACGGCGUCUUCAAGACUACAGACGCCCCUUGCGAGUCACACCUUCGAACAUCUAUCAUGCUUCCUCCCUGGGCUUUUAGCAUUGGGAGCCCAUACGCUACCACUUGACAACCUCAGAAAGCUUGGAAUCGAUAUCUCGACAUUGGGCACGGAGGCUCGCUUCGGAAAUGCAAGUCAGCUACAUAACAAGGUCGCCAACUUCAAUCUCAAAAAGCUGCAUCUUUGGGCCGCUGAGGGACUGGCGCAGACUUGUUGGUUGACCUACGCGGAUCAACCGACAGGACUCGGUCCGGACGAGAUGUUGAUGCAGUCUUUCGCUCCGGGGGCGUAUAUGUGGAACGAAGAAGCAAAUGCAUGGACGAAAGCACCUCCAGGAGACAACACCUACCUCUGGAUCGAUGCCAUGGAAAAGUGGAAGGAAACGGGGUCAAAAGGGCCUAUUCCCGGUCUCUCGAAUCCUAAGCCAGUCCUUGGGAGGGAAUCUGGGCGGGAUUACUACAUUCGCAGAGCGAAUUACUUGCUCCGGCCAGAGACUGUGGAGUCGUUUUACAUUCUCUGGAAAGUUACCGGUGACGUCAAGUGGCGGACGCGCGGGUGGGCCGUCUUCGAGGCGCUGGAACGGGAAACGAAGACGGAAACCGGAUACGUGACACUGAAGAAUGUCGCGUGGUCGCCACCUCUUCAAGGGAACAGUAUGCCUAGCUUCUUCUUGGCUGAGACAUUGAAGUACCUGUAUCUGUUGUUCUCUGAGGAGGAUCCUCUACCCCUGGACAAAUGGGUGUUCAAUACGGAAGCUCACCCUCUACCUAUUUUCCAAUGGACAGAUGACGAACGUGUUAGAUUUAAUAUUACCUCGUAUUAG